AUGACGGCGGAUUCGCAGCAGAAAACGAGCAAGCCCCGAUGGGGGGAGAUGGAGGAAGACGACAAUUUUGAUUUCCUUCUCCCUCCGAUGCAGGUGAUUGGCCCUGACCACACCGGUUUGAAGACGGUGAUCGAGUACGAUUUCAACGCUGAGGGCCAUAAGGUCAAGAAGACCACUAGGACUCGCAUCAAAAAGUUAGCUAUCGCGAGGCUCAGCAAACAUGCUAUAGAGCGGAGGAACUGGCCUAAGUUCGGUGACGCCGCCAAUGGGGACGACGGUAGCAAUCUCACCAUGAUGUCUACCGAAGAGAUUAUCAUGGAACGACCCAGAGCUCCUGGUGCCAAAGCGGAUGAAGCAAAGGCAGGAGAAGACGGGUUGUCUCAGGUUAAUAAAGGUGCAUCCCUAAUGGUGUGCAGGACAUGCGGCAAGAAAGGUGAUCACUGGACAGCUAGAUGCCCUUACAAGGACCUGGCACAACCAACCGAUGCCUUCAACGACAAGCCACCCACUGGGGAAGCAUCUACCGUAUCCGCUGCAGCUGGAACUGGCAAGGCCGCUUACGUCCCUCCUAGCAUGAGACCAGGUGCAGACAGAGCCGCUGGUGGCUCUGACAUGAGGAGGAGGAACGAUGAGAACUCUGUGCGUGUUACCAACUUGUCUGAAGACACCCGUGAACCUGACUUGAUGGAGCUCUUCCAUCCGUUUGGCGCUGUGACUCGUGUCUAUGUGGCCAUUGAUCAGAAGACUGGAGUCAGCAGAGGAUUUGGUUUCGUCAACUUCGUGACCAGAGAAGACGCUCAGCGAGCAAUCAACAAACUGAAUGGUUAUGGUUAUGAUAACCUCAUCCUCAGGGUUGAGUGGGCCACUCCAAGACCAACCUAA